AGGCUGAGGAUGACAUCCAGACCGAGUUUAAAGCCAUCAAUGCGCUGGCUGGUAUUAAAGACAGUGAUACUGGCUUGGCUCAUCGUGCCUUCUGGGACCUGAACGCCGACGCACAGGCUAUGAAGGAGGAGCAACCGCUGCAAGUCGCCCGGUGUACCAAAAUCAUCAGCGCCGCACAGGGUCAGGAGGAGGACGAGGCACAAUACGUCAUCAAUGUCAAGCAAAUCGCAAAGUUUGUAGUUGGCCUUGGAGACCGAGUUGCGCCGACUGACAUUGAAGAGGGUAUGCGAGUGGGUGUGGAUCGCAACAAGUACAAAAUCCAGAUCCCCUUGCCACCCAAGAUUGACCCGACUGUGACUAUGAUGCAAGUCGAGGAGAAGCCCGACGUCACUUAUGCUGACGUCGGUGGGUGUAAGGAACAGAUUGAGAAGCUCAGGGAAGUUGUCGAACUGCCUCUGCUUCAUCCCGAGCGGUUUGUACAGCUUGGCAUUGAGCCUCCCAAGGGUGUACUGUUAUAUGGCCCUCCCGGUACCGGCAAGACGCUGAGUGCGCGAGCAGUGGCCAAUCGCACAGACGCGUGCUUCAUCCGUGUCAUUGGGUCAGAAUUGGUUCAAAAAUAUGUAGGAGAGGGUGCACGCAUGAUCCGUGAGCUGUUCGAAAUGGCCCGUUCUAAGAAAGCAUGUCUUAUCUUUUUCGAUGAGAUUGAUGCUGUUGGUGGCGCACGUCACGACGACGGUAGCGGAGGAGACAAUGAGGUGCAGCGAACCAUGCUGGAACUUAUCAACCAACUGGAUGGUUUUGAUGCGAGGGGCAAUAUCAAAGUGCUUAUGGCUACAAAUAGGCCGGAUACGUUAGAUCCCGCUCUAUUGCGUCCGGGUCGAUUGGACAGAAAGAUCGAGUUCGGACUGCCAGAUCUAGAGGGCCGUGCACACAUCAUCAAAAUCCAUUCGCGCGCGAUGAGUUGUGAGCGAAGUAUCAGAUACGAGCUACUUGCGCGUCUCUGUCCCAAUGCCACCGGUGCUGAGUGCCGUUCCGUCUGUACAGAAGCGGGAAUGUACGCUAUUCGAGCCAGAAGAAAGGUCGCUACGGAGAAGGAUUUCUUAGACGCUGUCAAUAAGGUCAUCAAAGGUUACCAGAAGUUCAGCGCAACUCCUCGCUAUAUGUCAUACAACUAGAUCGUUUUCUCACACAACAAUGGAUAACGGAUCUAUACGCUCAGGCCUAUACCGCAGCCCAGGGGGCGAUGGCAUCUAGCUGAAUAUUUACGACAUAUCGUGAAAUUAAAGUUAAUUUCAACCUUCUCGCCGAUUGUGCCUACAUCAUUAGCGGUAUAGUUUCUCCCUAUAUAUACAGGCCAUAGUAAAUGUGAAAGGCUGCUCUUCGCUUUGCAAGGCGUAUGAGAGCUAUCCUCGGAAGUUCGGGCCGAAGUAAAGUAUGACCUGACC